AUAAAGGCAGAGGCUUUUCUUCUUCGAUUUUCACAUCAGUACUCUCAUAAUCCCACACUGUCUUCUCCUUCUCCUUCUUCUUCUUCUCUCACAAGCCCUAACCCUUCCAAUCCCCCAAAUCAUACCCAUAAACUUCUCUCUCCCCUUUCUCAAUGUCCUGAUUCCCAUCAACGUCUCUACCAACUCGUUGAUUAAUUUUAUUGGAGCUUGUGAAGGCUAGUACUCAGUCAUCGUCAAUUUUUAAAUCAUGGACAUCGAACAGAAACAAGCAGAGCUCAUCGAUCACUUCGUAAAUCAAGCAUCCACUCUAAAAGCCUCCGCUCUUUGGCCUCUUAUUAUCGAAGCCACUUCUCAUCCUUCUCUCUUCGCCUUCUCCGAGAUUCUCUCUUCGCCCACCGUCUCCGAGCUUGAAGGAACUGAGAAUUCCUUUUGCCUUGAUGUUCUUCGGUUGUUUGCCCAUGGAACCUGGAGUGACUACAAAAGUAAUGCUGGUCGUCUUCCACAAUUGGUUCCUGAUCAAGUCCUCAAGCUAAAGCAACUUACUGUGCUGACACUGGCUGAAAUGAACAAGGUACUUCCCUAUGAUCAGCUAAUGCAGGAGCUAGAUGUUACAAAUGUCCGUGAACUUGAAGAUUUUCUUAUCAAUGAGUGCAUGUAUGCGGGAAUAGUACGAGGAAAGCUAGAUCAGUUGCGAAGGUGCUUUGAGGUCCAAUUUGCUGCUGGGAGGGACCUUAGGCCUGGACAACUUGGGAAUAUGUUACAAACACUAUCAAACUGGUUGGAUACAUCAGAUGAUUUGCUUGUCUCGAUUCAGGAGAAGAUAAAAUGGGCUGAUUCUACGAGUGAAUUGGAUAAGAAGCACCAAAAGGAUGUAGAAUAUAGGGUGGAGGAAGUAAAGAAGUCACUCUCCCUCAAGAAGUUACACACUGUAAGCAGGCAGACAUUGACUUCCGAGGGCAUGAGGAGAUCUAUUCUGAACCUGGUGGAGUGAUGGACUACGAGGAAGACCGAAGCCGGCCCAAGAGGAGACGACAUCCAAUAUAUUGAAGAUAUAGAUAGAUCAUGAAGCUCAUUGGAAAGGUGCUCUCCAUGUCUUGCCUGAUUUUUGUUCAUGGCAUACCGACGGCAAUUGAUUGCAGCUUUUGGAGAUAGUGAUAUUCCCGGACAGUGAAUUUGUCAUUGCCACUUUAGACUGAUAUUUGAAGAUUGUACCUCGUUUUGAACCAAUUAUCAUUCUUAUUGAGGUAUAAAGAACAAGACCAGAUUUGUUGGCGCGGCUUAAGACUUUAUGAAGUCAGAUUAUGAUUCGGAUAGUGUGCCUUUUGAUGUCAUCCUUCAAUUUGUGAUGAAGAAAUCUGCUUAUAUAUUUUAGCUGCUUCUUGAAUGAAACCACAAGCAUGUCAAGAACUAUUUAUGGGUGAGUUUCUUAUGAAUAAUUACUAUUUUAGAUAUA